AUGGUGAUAGAGAAAAUCAUGAGGUCCUUGGCUCCCAAAUUCGACUACAUCGUAGUGGCAAUUGAGGAAUCUAAAGAUGUGGACAACAUGAAGAUAGAAGAGUUGCAGAGUUCAUUGGAAGCACAUGAGAUGCGCCUUGCUGAUCGUAAUUCUGUGAAAGUUGCAGAACAAGCUUUGAAGGUUGGUCUGGACAAUCAUGAUGGAAAAAAGAAGAAGUGGACAGGCAAAGAAAAGUCCGACAACAAGUCAAAGUGGUCUCAAGAUAAUUCUGACAAGCCAGAAUCGUCCAAAAGGAGAGGUGAAUCUGCAAAGAAUGGUGGCAAUCAGAGGAAGACUGAUAAGAAGAAUGUUGAAUGCUACAAGUGUCAUAAGAUGGGACACUACUCCUAUGAGUGUCGCGCUGGCAAACCAAAACAGCAGAAGAAUGCAGACAAGGAAGCUUAUGCAACAAGGGAAGAUUCUGAUGAAGAUCCUAUAAUGCUAAUGGUCACAACAAUGAAUUCAACAGUGAGUGCUGAAACUGAUGAGAUAUGGUACCUAGACUCAAGUUGUUCCAAUCACAUGACCAGCCACAAUGAAUGGUUGGUAGAUCUGGACAAGACGAGGACUGGCAGAGUAAAAUUUGCUGAUAACAGGACACUUCAGAUAAAAGGGAAAGGAGAUGUAGUCAUUCCAAGGAAGAAUGGUAAGACUGCGGUUAUCAAAGAUGUUUUCUAUGUUCCAGAGUUAAAGUGCAAUUUGAUGAGUAUUGGUCAGCUAGUGGAGAAAGGGUACAACUUUGACACGAAGAAUAGGAAGCUUCAUCUGUAUGAUCCUGAGGAAAGGCUAGUUCUGAAUGCUAAUCUCACAAAGAACAAAACCUUUCAGGUCAAUGUGAAAGCUGCUGAAAUCAAAUGUUUUGCUGCACAAGAACCUGAAGAAGAAUGA